AAAGAGUUUUCUACGUAUGUUGAAUUUUUAGAAACAAUUGCAACACAGCUGAAUUUGGAUAAAUUCCGAAAGAACAUAUACGUAAACUACACUGUUGAAGGUGAUGAAAUCCCAAUUGAAAUUCACAAUGAUAUGGGUGUAAAGGUGUAUGUGGAGUUGAAGAAAGAGAAUAAAGCAUUACCAAUGUAUCCGCUGUGUAUAACUACAAGUGAUAGGAGUUUGGAGAUAUGUUUAUCCGGAGAGAGUUAUGUUCAUGGUAAUCACUUGCAAAUCGGUUACACGAAUCAGUCAUCAUUGGGAGAAACAGUUGGUUCGGUAGAAUUAGCAUCAUCUAGUUGUGGACAGGCUGAUGUGUUGUUUGAAAACAAACAAUUCAUGGUUAUAGACGACCUAAACCAAAAGGUAGUUCUUUGUCGAUCAAGUUUACAAACACAAGGAUACUUUAAAAACUGUGAUGGCGAAUUAUGCGAUUACAAACCGAUUCAACUUCCACACAGAAAGGUGUAAUGCAAUAAGGUAUUUCAUUUUACCAUGUAGAUUGUGUAUUUGAAAUUGUGACUAUGCUUAUUUAUAAUGUCAGUAACUGUGUAUGUUUAAUUUACAGUGUAUGUUUAAAACUGUUACAGUGUAUGUUUAGAUUGUAUUUUUUACAAAUUUAUACGUGCAGACAGUUUUCUUUUACAUUAUGUAUUUUAAAAACUUGUUUUUAUAUAUUUCAGUAUUUAAUAAUGAUUUGAUUAUAUUUAUUUGUGGUCAUUAUUGUAUUUGACUUUAAUGUAUUUUUAACUCAUGCUCAUUAUAUGUAGCUACACACUUGUCUGCGUAUCUGAUGAUUGUGAUUGGAAAUUGAGGGCGUCAAGUAUAGGGAAGUCUGAACUUUUUAGAAUUAGAGAGUUUCAAGAUAAACAUACAUGUCCCCUAAAGGAAAAGGUUUAUUCUCAACGACAAGCUACGAGUCGAUUGAUAAGUGGAAUUGUUAAACCAAAAAUAGCAAAUCAUAAGAGGAAAUACACUCCUAAAGACAUUGCAGAGGAUAUAAAAAAUGAUUUUGGCAUGGAUGUUUCAUAAAUGGUUGCGUGGCGGGCAAAGGAAAAAGCGAUGAUUGAUUUGAGGGGUACAAUGGCUGAAUCGUAUAACCGGCUACCUGGUUACCUAUAUAUAUUGGAUAAAACAUAUCCUGGUUCAAAUAUAAAAAUGCGUAAAACCAGAGAGAAUGAAUUUCUGUAUGUUUUUAUUGCUCUCUAUGCAUUUAUCAAGGGAUUUGAGUGUUGUCGACCAAUUGUGGUUGUUGAUGGUAGCCACUUAAAAACACCGUUCAAUGGGACAUUUGUAUCUGCAAGCACAUUAGACGGUGCAGGUAAUAUACUGCCCCUAGCAUAUGGUGUGCUUGAUUCUGAGAAUGACAAAUCUUGGACGUGGUUUUUCAAGCGUUUCAGAGAAACAUAUGGAGUAAGAGAGAACAUGUGUAUCGUAUCCGAUACGCAUGAGAGUAUAAGCAAAGCUGUUUUCAGAAUCUAUCCAGAAGUCACACAUUAUGCAUGUAUAUGGCAUCUAUGGGGUAAUGUAUGUAAAAAAUACAAGAAAAGCCAUGAUAUUUUGUCGCCUGUUUUUUAUUCAAUGGCAAAAGCAUAUACGCAAGAUGAGUUUGAUGAGUUGAUGCUUAAGGUUCAGAAAGUAGAUAUGCGGGUUGCAGAGUAUUUGGAUGAAGCUGGUAGGGAUAGGUGGGCUAGAGUUUAUGCAACUGUUAACCAAGGUUGGACAAUGACUUCUAACAUUGCGGAGUGUAUUAACAAACAUCUUCUAGCUGCUAGAGAACUGCCGAUAUAUGACUUUCUGAAAGAGGUUGGAAAGAUGUUUGGUAGAUGGAAUUACAAUAAUAGGAGAAAUGGAACAUACACGUUCACCCCACUUGGUAAAAAAUUCCAAGAGAUGCUAUCAAUCAAUGAGUAUUUGUGUCUACGAAUGAUGAUUGAACCAUCAAUAGAAUUUGUGUACACGGUACAUGAUGGACAAAGGCGUUUCAUUAUUAAUCUGAGUAACAAAACAUGCAGUUGUCGUAUGUUUCAAUUAGAUGAAAUCCCAUGUCCGUACGCAUGGGCAGUUAUAAAACAGAAACAUUUGAUUGUUUUAUAAUUAUUGCUCUCAUUUAUUCAAGUCGGAGACAGUUGUAAAGACAUACGAUAUUGCUGUGGAUCCUCUACUAGACGAGCAUGAAUGGAAAAUUCCAAAAGACGUCUUGGAUGAAGUGGUGUUGCCGCCGAGAUACAAAAGACCACCUGGUAGGCCAAAGAAGAGGCGUGACAAACCUUUACAUGAAUUAAUGGC